AAACACCACAGGGACGGAAGUGGGAUAUUUGAAAUCUGCCAGUUGUCGUCGAACCUUUUUCGUGUUCCCUAAAAGAAAAAGGAGUUAUAGACAGCAUAAUCACGGAGAGAUGGAGGAAGAGGAGCAUACAGACAGAAAGCUGCAGCUUGCGAUGCUUUAUCGAAAGCUCAACAAAUUUAAAAAGUCUCUCAAUGAAGAUGACACAGAUAAUAUAAACCGGGUCAUCGGUUCGAACUCGCCUGAAUCGUGUCUUUCAUAUUUGAUCGAACUGGAGAAGAAAGGGGACCCUCAAAUGGACCGUAACCAUCUCAUCAGACUCAUUGAUUUUUACACCAGAGUAUUCUCUAAUAUGCCAUUGGGUAAACACUGUCAGAAUGAGAGUUAUGCCAGGAUGUUGGUCCGAUUUGCAGAGCUAAAAGCGAUUCAAGAUGUCAGUGAGGCAGAGGCCAACUUCAACGUCGCCAGAUCUCGCAGCCCAAACUUUGCAUUUGUUCACAUUGCUCAUGCAAACUUUGAGCUUUCUCAAGGCAACACAAAGAGAGGCAUUUAUAUCCUACAGAGUGCCACUGAACUCGGUGCAAAACCAAAAGAACUGCUGGAGGCUGCACUACAAAGCAUGCAGUCAGAAAAAACAUUCUUCUGUUCAGAGGACAAGGAAAAUUUAUUAUUGCCCAGCAGUAACAAUCACGAUUCUGUUAAAAAAGGCUCUGAAUUACAAAAAGUCAGCAGAAUGUCAGAUGGGACAGGAGACUUGCAACUCUCCAGUAUUUUUGGUACAGGGACCGAGUCCCUUGGUGGAUCAGCGGAUGAACAACUACCAGGAUGGAGAUCUGCAUCUCAACACAAGAGAACAGCUGGCAUGCCAGGAAGGGUUCCUGUGGUACCAUUCUCUAUCCCAGAAAAUGAUGAUGCUGAUGAAAACAAACAUGAAAAGUCCUCAAAGAAAUGUGAAAUAUCAAUCCCCACUAGUUUGUCCAGGCAAACAUCCGGUUCAAACAUGAACUCAGUUUUUGGGAUUUCGUCCUCAAAGAAACGUCCUUUCGAUGGAGAUUUACUCGAUCUUCAACCACCAGGUGUCAGUCCUGAACAUUGCUCUUGGGAGGACCAUGCAGCCAUGGACUCCACCACUACACUCCUUCACUCACGUGAUGCACAGGACACCUCACGGAUAGACGCAGAUGUAACUUACAGUUUUGACCAGGUGAUGAAAACAAAUUCCCCAGAGUCAUGUUGGACAUAUCUGAUGAAUCUGGAGAAAAGAGGCAACCCUCACACCGACAUCAGCCUCCUCAACAAACUCAAGGACUGUUACUCUAAGGUCUUCUCCAGAUUGCCAAUUAGACAGUACAGCAAAAACGCCUGCUAUGCCAGAAUACUGGUCAGAUAUGCAGAACUCAAGGGGAUUGAAGAUACAGAUGAAGCACAGGACCACUUCAUAGUUGCGAGAUCCAACUGCAAAGGCUUUGCCUUUGUCCAUAUAGCACAUGCUCAGUUUGAAGUUUCUCAAGGUAAUGUGAUGAAAGCAAGCUCAAUUCUGCACAAAGCCCAAGCGUUACACGCCAGGCCAGCUGAGCUUGUUGAGGUGGCGAUACGUAAUCUUAAAGCUGGGGAGAAACGGCUGGUACCCAACAAGAAUGAAGAAUUUCCCAUAGAUUUGCAGACGGUUCUUCCAGUAAGUGUUUCUACACAUGGUGGAAACCAGGAGCUUCAGCUUCCUGGUAGAGUCCCUGUGAACCGCUCAGUUGAGCGGACUAAACCUGCCAACAAAGACUCAUCAGAGUGGAAGAUUCCAAGUCUCGUCAAUCGGCAUGCUUCUCCAAAUAAACAUAAAACCCCACCUGAGCCCACACCUGUUCCUCGCAUGCUGGACUCUCUUCGUACACCAUGUGUUCAGCUUCCGACCAGACUGAACCCACAGUCAGCCUGUCAGACCCCAAACAACUACAAAAACCCAUGUUCUAGCAGCUUUGUUACUCCUGUUGUAAAGAGAGACCCUGAGGUGUUUUCCUCUGCAGUAGCAGCACACAGAGCUGGACCUGCUCAGCUUCCAUGCACACCAAUAAUCCAAGCAGCCUGUUUCCAAACGCCACAGGCUUCCUUUACUGCAUUGUCAAAGGAAACCAUAACGAUUAAGGGCAAGCAGUUCUUCAUCCUCAAGAUGAUUGGACGUGGUGGAUCAAGCAAGGUUUACCAGGUCCUCGAUCACAAAAAGCAGCUGUUUGCUGUUAAAUAUGUCGACCUAGAGGAGGCUGAUGCUCAGACAGUAGAAAGUUAUAAAAAUGAGAUCGAACAUCUGAACCAUCUACAGCAGUACAGCGAUCAAAUUAUAAAACUCUAUGACUAUGAAAUGACCAACAGCUACAUUUACAUGCUGAUGGAAUGCGGUAACUUGGACCUGAACACUUGGUUGCGAAACCGCAAGACGGUGAAUCCUCUGGAGAGGAAGUUCUACUGGAAGAACAUGCUGGAGGCUGUCCACACCAUUCACAAACAUGGAAUAGUCCACAGUGACUUGAAACCAGCUAACUUUGUGAUAGUGAAUGCAUCACUAAAGUUGAUUGACUUCGGCAUCGCUAACAGAAUCCAGCCAGAUGUAACGAGCAUCAUGAAGGAAUCACAGGUAGGCACUCUCAACUAUAUGCCUCCUGAAGCCAUUAAAGACACAUCAUCCCAGUCAGGAAAAGCCCGAUCAAAGAUCAGCCCCAAAGGUGACGUGUGGUCUCUUGGAUGCAUCCUGUACUGUAUGACCUAUGGAAAGACUCCAUUUCAAAGCAUCACCAAUCAGAUAACCAAGCUGCACGCCAUCAUUGAUCCGUCCCAUAAGAUAGAAUUUCCCGACAUCUCGGAGAAGGAUUUGCUGGAUGUGUUGAAGCGAUGCUUAAUACGAAACCCCAAAGAGCGGAUUUCUGUCGCAGAGCUUUUGGAACAUUCAUAUCUGCAGCUGAAGGCAAAAAUAUCCCCUGAACCAGCAGAUCCAUGUAACAGUGACCUAAAGAAAAUCUUAACUGACCUGGCUGCCCUCCAGUCUCCAAACAGCAUCAUUCGAGCUGCAAAUAAUCUGGCCAAAAUGUGUAACACUGGCAGGAGGCUGGAUGUUGCAGAAUGUGCAAAGUCUUCAACUUAACUAUUUUACAAAAUGUGAUGUGUGAUGUUGAUGCAUAUUUUCUUUCUCUUCUUUGUUUAUCCCUGACCACUGUAUAUACCCUGUACACUUUUGUUUCCUUGAAACAAAACAUCACUUUACUUUUUUUUCUUUUUCAUUAUACUUAUGUUCUUUGAUAAUAAAUGUAAGCAUAUGGUAUAGUUACAUAAAACAUACUGUAAACUUACAAGUUGUUGUUUUUUUUCCCACUUUUUCACUAAGUGGUGGGGGUAUGUGACAAGAUGCCAUGUUAGCACAUUGUUUUGUUUUUUUAUCAAAUAUUCACUGAACAAAGAUCUCAGAAUACAUAUAGAAUGGUAGAAAUGUUCUUUUCAAGAUAAAAUUCUACUUCCAUUGAA